AGUUCCAUGCAGCAUGGCAAGUUUGCGGAAUUCGAAUACGAAACUUUUAUUUCCCACUGUAACUCUAUCUCUGCGUCUGCGAUAGAGUUGGAGAAAAUCGUAUACGGGAACAAAAGGUCGAUUCUUUUUUUGAAAGAAAUAGAGCGUUCUCUACUACUUCUCGCGGCUACUACAGCUCCAGCGCACUCCCCUCAACGCCCGAGAUUGCGCGGCUACUGCAUUCGCGCGCACGAUCGGAGGUGAUACUUAGCAACCUGGUGACGGACGUUAGCGGGACGAUUCGUGGGUUACCUGCAACACGUUCAACCGGGCGGUCGGAGUUUUAGCUAGUUCCAGGGCCAGCUUUUCUACUACACAGGAGAGGUAGACACAACUCGUCCAUAAUUAGUUCCUGAUCGGCGCCGAAAGAACUUCGUUACAAGUGUUCUCCGCUCUGUUCGCCGAGGCGGCGUCGCAAUCAGGGCGAUCAGCGGAAGGACGAAAAGGUGAGGGCAACAGCACCGUGCGAGCGACAAUCAGGUGUAGUGCUGUCGUGUGUUGGCAGGAAAGAGAGCGCGACAGGAGCAAGAACCGGGAAAACAAAGCGAUAAACGUCGUCUUGCAAAACGCUUGAGCAGCCGCGUGUUGAUCUGCCUGGACCUCGACAUCUCGCCACGACAUCUUGUACGAAAAGCAGAACUAGGGUCCUGCUUUUUUUACGACGCAGAAGUCGCGCAGGUAAAGUGCAUCGAUCUGCGUCGUCGUGCGGGGAAGCGGAGCAGCAAGCUUGGUCGAAGAAGAAGUACUUCCACCAAAAGGCGCGUCUCGCUACGACCACUUUCUUCUCUUGAGGAGCGGCAAAGACGGCUAAAGCAGGAGGAACCGCGGUUGGAGUGGAGCGAGCGUGAAAGAACAGUGCUGGACCGUAACCGAAUUAUUUCACGCGGCUCCUGCAGGUCGUGCUCGCCCGAACGGGAACGCGUACAGUCGCCGACUGCAAUUUUAUUUGCAACGAGUACCACGAAGACGAGGACCAGGUGAACUUUCUCUGAAAAAACACUUUUACUCCGGACGUUUCUUUCCGUUGCAGCUAGUGGCAGGGAAAACGAAAUAAAGCAACAACAAACCCACUACCACCAUGGAGGAGCCAAUCGAUAGUCAGGCGGAGGAGGAAGAGGAGGAGAAGGAGACGAGGUCACAGCAGCUCGCACGACUGAACCCACUGCUGUUGGAGGCAAGCAGGAAAAAUGUCACCUCGGAAAUACUCUCGCUCAUCGAGGAGAUGGCGGACCCAUGCGUCGAAGAUUCAAAUCAGUACUAAGUGAUGUUUUUUUAGUUCAGACUACCUGAAUGAUCUUGAUGAUGAUAAGCUCAGUUCAGAGAAGAAAGUAAAAACGCUUUCCCUGUACUAAGAACAAACCAACCGCAACUACAGGUGGUCACCACUAAUGUGGGCGUCGAACCACGGUAACGAACCAGUAGUGCGGUCGCUGCUCGAGCAAAACUGCCACGCCACUUACCAGCAGAGCGCGCACACGCGAAGAAAAUGCACGCCGCUCCACUGGGCCGCGUUCCGCGGUCACCUCAAGGUGUGCUGGCUGUUGCUGAAGCAGAAAAUAUCGCCCCUGGAGGUGGACGCGUUGGGGAAUACGGUGCUGCACCAGGCGGCGGCGGGAGGCUCACUCGAGGUCACCAGCGCCAUUCUCAGCCAGGGAGCAGACGUAGGAGUUUGUUUCGCACAGGCUUGAAUUCUCUUUCUCAUUUCAGGCGUGAUGAAGAUGACUCUCGAAUUAAUAUUCCAAGGAAGAAGAAGAUGAGCGAAUUUCAACAGCUGGGUGGACUUUACUUCGCAGAGGAACUUACUAGAUUAAUCUACCAGGUCUUCAAAUUGAACAAACGGGGGCACACGCCUUUCGACAUGUGCACGGUGGUCCCGGUGCAAAAACUCCUGAAGCACUGCAUGAUGGCGCCCACGUGUCACAUCUCCGGGCGGGGCUUUUCCUCGACCGUAUUACGCUUCCUCUGCUCCUGGACACACGUGUUAGUCUGCCGCGAAGCAUGCAGCCGGAUGUGGGCGUUUGAAAACCCAACGAAAACGGAGCGGGAGCAGCCGAUGACACUGGCCAAGGACGCCAAGGACAUAGUCGACCACGCAGAGAUGCUCUUGGAGAAGAGCACCGCCAGCGGAAAAUUAGAAGACGUAUUUUCGUAUUUGUAGCAGAAGUUGUAUACUUGAAUUGAAUGGGUAUGGGUAUGGGAUCGAAGUACUCUCUGCAUGCAAGAAUGCCAAUGCUUUCCGUUCAACAACAUCGUCUGUCGGUCUUGGCAAAAUCCUGUAACCAUAGCCGCAACAUCUUCCCCAGGUAAUAGCCGCACUAGACAACGCAGAAGGCAAGCCCGUGGACUGCAAGAUAAAGCAAACGGCAAAGAAGCUGCGACAAAAGCUCGAAAGCACAAUAAGACUAAAGGAGGCCAUGGCAAACAAAAGCAUCAUCAAGAAUGACGGUAUAAUUGAUUCGCUCGGGUUUGUCUUUGUGAUGUGGGCAUAACUGCUGCUUCGAUUCAUUUGACUCUUAAUAGAGAAACGCACACCAGUUCUUGUAGCGGUACAUGGUAUAACGUCGACUUACAUGACACGACAUGAAUCCAACAUACUACACAACAGUCGCGGAAAUCAUAGAAGCAGACGCACUGGUGAUGGCAGCCGAGAACCUCGCCCGCGCCAUUCAGGAUGCCAUCCGAAGGAGAGUAGAGAAGCCGCUGACGGACGAAGCUGCGAAUUUGCGAAGGCGACUGCUGUGCGAGGCGAGCUUGACCAGAUACUUUCGUGCAACACGUAUUGAACCUUUGAGUGCUUUUGCACUUUGCUGACGCAGUUUAGAAAACAUGAGAUGAUUCAUUUUUCCAGGAAAAUAAAGCAAAAACGGGACAAAAAACCAAAACAGCAAAAUUAACCGUCGGCUACAUCCGGUAUUUUCAAGAGUUGAUAGACACGUGCGAGCGGGAAGCCGGGAACAAGCACUUGCUGACGCUCUCAACUGCCAUGAGAAAAAGGUGCGAAUUUAUUUGCGGUUUCGCUGGUGCAUAGCGUUUGGCUGUGGUCAUGACAUGAUUUUGCGCAGAUUUUUUGUGGUGCAUGAGCAUGACAAAGUACAGUAUUACCACGAACACUUUGAACUAAUCAGGAUAUCGGCGGAGCGAGAAAUGACCCUGAAGUUCGACGAAGUGGAGCAUUUGUGCCUGCUGUCCAGUAUCACCGAAGUACCACCGGAGGACAAGAAAUAUCCGAGUUGGAUUGAAGGUAUGGAUACGGGUCUUUUUGUAUGCUGGAAAUGAAACGUGCAUGCCAGGUCUACUACUUUCUUACAACACUGACUUCGUCGCAAGAAUGAGUACAAUUAUCGGGGCAACUGAAGUGGACAAAAUUCUUCUAUUCUCAGAUGUGGAAGUUUUCUCUGGCUUCCAGGAGCAGUACGUGAAGGACGUCGAGUACGGGCGGGAAACCGAAUCCUCCCCGGAGCUCAUCGAGAAGUGCGAGAAACAGCUGGCGAUUCUGGAGGACCUGCUCAUCGAACAGCGGCAGAUCUUGGAGGAGGUGAACUUGAAAAAGAAGAAGGGGAAGAAGAGCAAAAAGUGAAACUACAACCAUCGUCAGAGGAUUUCUUUGAUGUGUCUCCUCGCUUCUUCACCUCAUUCAUCACAUUCUUCCGUCGCAUUACUUCUCCACUGUCGUAUUGUCACAAAAGUCACAAUUCUAAGUCUAAUCGAAAGCAAACGAAACUGGUGAAUACAAUAGCCACGAAAAUAAAAGCAAUUCUCUUUGCAAAGGAAUUUUACGCUGAAGUCACACUAGAAAGCAAAAGUCACAAUUGGCUG